GGUACAGCAGCACACUAAACUGUUUGUACUACACGGACACGCUUACACUCGCACAUCUCUCUUCUGCUACACAGGAAAAAGUUAACAAGCUCUGAUAAGAUUCCAACUUAACACUUGAUUCUAAUAUGAAUAAAUCGAAGUCUCCUAUUUUAAACGACUGUCUGAAGCACAUCACUUUGGAGAAUGGAUCUUUAUGGAACGAGAAUAUGACCUCCAAUGCCAGCGCUGAGACAAUGCACCACCUCUUUAUUGGUGCCCAACGCCAGGAACCAAAUCAUGUGGCCAUACCUGCCACAAUUUUUUACAGUCUUCUUUUCUUCUUUGGUAUCAUGGCAAACGGCCUAAGCAUCCUGACACUUAUGAGAAAUGGGAGAAUGAAAGUGAGUGCUGUGCGAUUUUAUCUUCUGAGUUUGGCCAUGGCAGACAUCUUGCUGCUGAUCACUAUCCCAGUCACUCUUUAUCGCUAUUUCUGGCAAUAUUAUCCCUGGGCGCUCUCUGAUAUUGUGUGCAAACUUUAUUUUAUGAUCCGACAGGUCUACUGUGCUACAACCAGUUGGACCAUCAUUGCAUUUACCUCUGAGAGAUAUAUUGCAAUAUGCCACCCAAUGUGGUCCAUCACAGGUCUCCGGAAAACCCGUAUGGCAUACCUUUUGGCAUUUAUCUGGCUUCUGUCUAUCCUCACCACCAUACCUGUGGCUAUAGUAUAUGGGGAGUCAUCAGCAUGCAUCUUGGACUAUACUGCUACUUCUCAAGAAGAAGCUGUACUCGACUCCACUGUGUGUGAAAUGUUGGAGCCAAAGCCCUAUACUGUUUACAAAAGCAUCAUGCAGACCCGCAGCAUUCUAUUCUUUGUCAUGCCUUUAUUAGCCAUUAUUAUUUUUCAUAUUCUUAUCUUCCACCACCUGAAUCUUAACCAAAGGCAGAGAGAGAAAAUUGGACUUAAUCGAACACACUGGCAUUUUUCUUCUACUCAUAUGAACCAGCCUCAACGGCACCCGUUUUCUGAAAAAAAAGCUCGACAACUUAUGGGCGCCGUGGUGGUGGCAUUUUUUCUCUGCAAUUUCCCAGACACGGCCUCAUCUCUCAUGCAGAUCUAUAUUGAAAACUGGAAUGCACAUGUCUAUAAAGUAUAUACCUGGCUCAAGACCUACUUAUCCCUUCCACUUUGGUACCUGAAUAGUGCUUUGGACCCAAUUUUGUUCUGUAUCUCCUCUACUUCCUUUCGCAAUGCAUGCUGGGAAACCCUGACGACUUUCAUACCUUGGUAUGAAAAGUCAUUGGAUGGGCCAGGCAACACAUAUCAAGCAUCUUGUGUGAGGUCUGGGGUGUCAUCUCUUGUGUCUGCACCAAGCACCCGUUCUACAUGGACCCUAAACUCAAAUGAAGGAGAGCAAAAGGAAUACUUGGGUCAGGCUCGAACCAGUGACCCUAAGCUUUUGUUCUUUCGCCAUUUGACUAUGAUGGACCCAGCAGAAUGCAAAGUUCCUUAGGACAUUGAUUGGCAGAAAUGAUGGUUAUUACAUGUGCACAACUGUUUAUAACCCACAGGGCUGCAUAUCCUGGUGAUUUACAUAUAGUGCAUUUUGUACCUGAGAUCAACAGGCCUGCAUGGUUUUCUGCAGCCACCAGCUGCCUAGGGAGGAGUAAAUAAUGUCCUUUUUAAUGUGAUUCCGUGCAAUGUUAUUGCUUCUGUGAUUUUUUGAUAUGCUGGUUUAUUAGUCACAGAGACAGUCUAAAUGGGAGAAUAUUUAUAUAAUUUUUAUAAUGUGCUUGUUUUAAUUGGUAAUUUUCUGUUUUCAGAUGGCAACAGAAGAAAUAUACAGUAGGUAUUGUUGGUCCAUACAAGUCUCUAAACAGAAUUACCUACACAAAUGCAUGCUUUUGUUAAUGCAAAAAAUCUUAAAAUUGUCUUUAUCUGAGCUCAUGGUAAUAUACAUGUCCGUAUGCUGUUCGUUGAGCCAGCCGUGCAGUGCAGUGCUAUCUUUGUGCACUUGUAUCUUUUUGGGUAUCCAACUCUAGUUUUUCCAGCAAGUGGCUCGGUUGUUCUCUGCCUAUAUAAAACCCUCUGCACUACUUAUCAUUUGCCUUGUAACAAGCUCUAUUCCUGCAAUUAAAAAGGAAUAGAAGAACCUGGUCUUUCUUUGAUACCUGAAUUUUGACCUCAGAUUAAUUUCCCCAGAUUGCUGCACCCGACCUUUUGGUCAGUUCUUGGAUUUCAGAUUGCUUUCUGCUCUGGUACCUCACUCCUGUUAGCUGUGUCCUGAUAAGUCUUUCCAACUCCUUUCAGGUAUAAUGGUGGUGCUACUGGUCUUUAAACACCUGGCAGAGUGUCACAUUGUCUUGCAAUUCCAUAAAAUACUUCUACAUUAGUGACUUCAGAGGUUUUUACGCAAGGAAUAGUCUCCUCCUUUGAGUGCUCUGUGCAAUCUUCAACAUAGUAAUAUGAUAAAAUAGAGGCAGUAGUUGAACAGCAACAAUCUUUAAUAGGGUAAAUUUAGGGAAAGCCGUUUAUCAAGGGUUUCAGAAUUCAAUAAGCAGGAAUGUGCAUAUACACUAGUUGACAUUAUUUUUGCACUUUGCACCCUGCCUUCCACGCUACAUAAAUGAUAAGCACAAGGUUGCCUUGCAUACAACAAUGCUGCACUCUGCACCUUAUAGUGGUUUUAUAUCCUACGUGAGGAACAGAGCACAGCCAGACCCCAGAAGUGCUCUAUAAAUGAGCAAUUAAUUAUGUGCUUUUGCUUCCUUGCAUUUUUAUUCUGGGUCUUGGUAAAUGACUCCUAAAGUACAGUAUGUGCCCUUGAUACAUUUUUAAAUUAGGAGGGUUGGUUGAAUUUCUUCAGUGCUAGGAAUAACUCCAACUCAGCUCAACUUGGCUAAGUCUUAGCCAAAUCACCAUUUUAACAAAAUGCAUUAAAGGGUGGUUCAACUUUUAGUAUGUUAUAGAAUGACUACUUCUAAGCAAUUUUCCA